AUAUUGCUACAGGAACUGGUCAAAUUGCCAAUAUUCUAUCAUCUAAAUUUUCUAAUGUUUAUGCUACUGAUAUCUCGGAAACUAUGCUUUCUAAUGCACUUCGUGCUUCAAAUAUUAAUUACUCAAUAUCUACUGCAGAAGAUCUUUCCCGAUUUCCUUCUUCAAAAUUUGAUAUGCUUACAGUUGGACAAUCCGCACAUUGGUUCAAACUUCAAGAAUUUUUUGAAGCAGCAAAUAGAGUAUUAAUUCCAAAUGGUACUCUGGCUAUUUUUGGUUACACUUUUCAUGUGAUUAAAGGUUAUAAUGAGAUUUCGGAGAUGUUGAUAAAGUUUGGUACUGAAGAAGAGAUUAGUAAAUAUUGGGAUGAACGAAGAAUUAUUAUAAAUGAUUUGUAUAGAUCAUUUGUAUUACCUGAACAGUUUAAGAAUGUUGAAAUAAUUAGAAAUGAAAAAAUUAAUGGUGGUGAAAUUAGUGGUGAAAUUUUUAUGGAAGAAUAUUGGAGUAUUGACCAAAUGGCGAAUUAUAUGAAGACCUGGUCUUCUUAUAAAGAUUAUAUGGUCAAAAAUAAAGACACGAUUCAACAGGAUCCAGUUGAUAAAUUAAUGAAUAAAAUUAAACUAACAAUAGGAUUAAAACCUGGUCAGAAAUUGCAUAUUAUUUGGCCGAUGGUUUUAAUUUUGGCUACUAAAACGGGUUAA